ACAUAUUCCAUGUUUGUCGAUGACAAUUCAUAUGAUCGAUCGCCUACCAAUAGCAAAAUGUAGAAUUUCUCUUCAUAUAAUGCUACGUCAUUGCUAUAUAAAUCAAUUUUUUUCACAAUAAAUAAAUAAAUCACUUUACCUGGAGUAAUGAUGAUAUUUUUCUCCUCCUCAUCACGAAGAAAUACAAUCUGGAUCAAAAAAUCGUAUGGAACCAUGACGUAUAGCAACGUAACCUGGGCCUUGGGCCGUCGAAGCAAGCCCACCUAACCACACUCCCAGCGCCGCCGCCGGCCGUACGCCGGAGACCGGAGCCUCUCGGGAACACCGCCGCCGCUUGGCCAUCUCCCCUGCCGACGACACGACCGCUUCCACCACCGCCUCUCCUCUUCUCUUCUCCACUCUUCUCCUCCCCCCGCCGCCGCCGCCCCACGCGCGCGCGCGUCCUCUUAAAUUUAGCCGAUGCCUCCUCUCCUCUCCUCCUCUCCAUCCACCUAUUCUCGCCCCACCCUCUCCUCCUCCUCCUCCUCCUCCGCACCCACAUCCAGGCCGUCCCGCCGCGGCUGGAUGAGGGCUCAUCGAUCCCUUGCCGGCCGCCGCGACCGCGGUGCGUCCAUGGAGCUUGCGCGCCUUGGCCUCUCUUCUGUCACCGCGAUGUCUCGCCGUGGAGCUUGAAGGCCGCCGUUGGUUCGGUCACUGCUAGAUGAACUCCAUGUCAUACAACAAGCUGUCCAUAACGAAUGACAGAAUGGAUUUCAAUACCCGUGGAAAUGCAGUCCCCAAUGGCAAAUUAGAUCGGAAUCAGUCAGGUGUUUCAGCCAAUCGAUCCUCAGCCUCCAAACCAACAGCACGCUCCAAGAAGAAACCGGAUCAAGCUGACAAAACAACCCCAAAUCCAGCGCAGAAUUCAGCAUCAUCAGCAACAAGAUCCGAAGCAGCGACCGUCACGACGACCACGAAAUCGCCGGCGAUCAGCGUGGACAGAAGCAGCAUCGCGAGAAGCAACAGCCUGGACAGCUUCAGCUACGGCCAGGCGAAGCGGCACACCGGCGGCGACAGCCGGUGGGACGCCGUCCGGUCGGCCAGCUCCGUGGACUGCCCCCUCGGCCUCGUCCACUUCAGGCUCCUCAAGCGGCUCGGCUACGGCGACAUCGGCAGCGUCUACCUCGUGGAGCUCAGGGACACCGACGCCUUCUUCGCGAUGAAGGUGAUGGACAAGGAGUCGCUCAUCAGCAGGAACAAGCUGGUCAGGGCACAGACCGAGAGGGAGAUCCUCGGCCUCCUUGAUCAUCCGUUCCUCCCUACGUUGUACACGCACUUCGAGACCGACAAGUUCUACUGCCUCGUCAUGGAGUAUUGCUCCGGCGGCAACCUCCAUUCGCUCCGGCAGAGGCAGCUCAACAAGCAUUUCAACGAGCAAGCUGCAAGGUUCUACGCAUCCGAGGUGUUGCUUGCGCUGGAGUACCUGCACAUGCUAGGCAUUGUGUACAGGGACCUCAAGCCCGAGAACGUCCUUGUCCGGGACGACGGCCACAUCAUGCUCUCCGACUUCGACCUGUCGCUGCGGUGCUCCGUGUGCCCGAUGCUGGUGAAGUCGUCGUCGGUGCACGCGGGCGCCAACGGCGUCGUGAAGGGCCUCGCCGCCGGUGGCGGCGGCGACGGCGAGGGCGUCGGCGUCGGCUGCAUGCAGCCGUCGGCGUUCUUGCCGCGGAUCCUCCCAAAGAGGAGCCGCAAGACGUCCAAGUCGGACCUCGGGCUCCUCCACGGCUCGCCGCUGGAGUUCAACGCGGAGCCGACGGACGCGCGGUCCAUGUCGUUCGUGGGCACGCACGAGUACCUGGCGCCGGAGAUCAUCCGCGGCGAGGGGCACGGCAGCGCCGUCGACUGGUGGACGUUCGGGGUGUUCCUCUACGAGCUCCUCCACGGCAUGACGCCAUUCAAGGGGAGCAGCAACCGCGCCACGCUCUGCAACGUCGUCGAGCAGCCGCUCCGGUUCCCCGACGGCGGCGCGUUCCCGGCGCCGGCGGCGGCGAGCGGCGUCGCGCGGGACCUCAUCCGGGGCCUCCUGGUGAAGGACCCCGGCAAGAGGAUCGCGUCGAGGAGGGGCGCCACCGAGAUCAAGCAGCAUCCCUUCUUCGAGGGCGUCAACUGGGCGCUCGUGCGCAGCGCCCACCCGCCAUCGGUGCCUGACCCCGUCGACUUCAGCCAGUUCGGCGUGAGGGAGAAGCCGGCGGCGGCGCCGACGAAGGUGGCCAAGCCGGCGGCGAGCGAUUCCUCCUCCGGCGACUUCGAGUAUUUCUAGCUCCCAUCUGUGAGUAUUUCUAGGAACUGAAAAAUACAUUUAGAUACAGAAAAAAAAUAUACAGUCUAUUGAUUCUUUGUUACUGUUGUAUUGCUCCUUAAUUACAGUACACCCAUACAUGAUUCUUGGGAUCCUGGUAUACACAUGUACAAACAAUGUGAUAGCUUGUUGCUAACAAUGAUUAAUGAACUGUAAAAUAUUCUGUUACACUACUGACAGAUGCAGAUGUUCAUUUCUUUAGCUGAUCAAGCUUUGCCUUAUAUGCAGCUCAUUUCUUGGCUGAUCAAACCUGCGUCAUGCAGAUAUUCAUUUCUUACUAGCUUACCUGAACAAAAUUGCCUAAUGCAGAUGUUCCUCUGUUGUUAUAGGCUAUAGUUUAGCUGAUGAAACUUGCUUCGCGAGGGACACACUAUUCUUUGCAGAAUUGCAGUCUUUGAAAAAAAAAAUGAUCUACGCGAACCUUCGAGUUUCAGCA